AUGAACUCGUUCACUACAUCUACUAGCACAUCCACUACGAUAACAAGUACUGCUGUUAAGCGAGAGGAAGAAAAACGAGACAAUACCGUCACUAUCAUAAUAGUGGUGGUUGUAGUGUUCUUCGUUGUUUUCGUGCUUGGGGUCACUUGGGGCUUAGUGAUAGAGCAUAGGAGAAAAAAGCGAAAAUUGAUAAUGUUCAAGAAAAUGGAAAUUCGCGACGAAGAACGGAGAAGACGACGAAAGCUGCGAAAAAAGAGAGAAAGAGCUAGAAGAAAAAAGAAAAAAGAAGCGAAAAAGCGACUAGAGCAAGCCGAUAACCAGCUGAAACAAGCGCUGGAAGAGUAUCUUACUGGCCAGACCGAAACUUACGGCACUACCGAUGAGCAAGAGACUGACUCCACAAGGGGACCGACUGGACAAAGCCCUUCUGUGUCCGCUUCAUCUGCGACGACCUCAGCUGCCACACACUCCGAAUCGGCUACCAAAGUCCCACCCGUGAAAGUGACAGCCUCAGAAGCGAGCGUACCCGCUUCACGAGGUAGAACGCCAAAGUCUGAGAAAGUUGGAGUGGUGGUAGGUGGAGAUCAGAUUGCUCUGUAAUGUCGCAAAGAAUCAUUUGAAUUGUGGAUAAGAUUUAUAACUUCCAAUAAGAUGUAAUACUUUGUUUCAUGCAGUAGAUUAACAUCUGUCUUAUUACUCAAAUUUAUGCUUACUCGUAUGUUCAACAUGAAAAUAAAGAGGA